AUGGAGGCCGCCACGCAUCCUUCAGAGGGCGUUGACUACAAGCACUCGUCCGAGGCAAUGAAGGGCCUUGGCCAAAGCCUACAUGACAAGCACGACAGCGAGGAGGCCUUGACCUCUGAGCUCAUUUCCGCUGGCUCGGAAAACCUCCAGCGGAAGCUAGGUGGAAAGGAAAUCCAGCUAUUGGCAGUGGGUGGCGCUAUUGGAACGUCCCUGUUCGUUCAGAUGGGCGCAAGUCUGCCAAAGGGUGGCCCUGCAGGCCUCUUUUUGGGCUUUGUGGUUUAUGGAACCGUCAUCUGGUGUGUCAAUCAAUGCUUCGCUGAAAUGGUAACUUAUCUUCCGAUCGCUUCCCCAUUUAUCCGUCUGGGCGGAUUUUGGGUGGACGAUGCAUGGGGCUUUGCGAUGGGCUGGAACUACUUCUUCCUUAUGGCCUUCCAAAUUCCAUAUGAGAUAACUGCAAUUAAUGUCCUUCUUACAUACUGGACCGACAAGGUUCCGGUAGUCGCGGUUGUCAUGGUAUGCUUGGUGAUAUAUGCUGUUCUCAAUGGACUCGCAGUUCGGUACUUUGGACUAGCCGAGUUUUAUUUGGCCAUCUUCAAGGUCUUCCUCAUGCUGGGACUCAUUUGCUACACCUUCGUCACCAUGGUUGGUGGAAAUCCAUGGCGCUGGGCCUAUGGAUUUACCUAUUGGAAAAAUCCAGGUUCGUUUGUCGAGUACCUCGUUCCUGGAGACACAGGACGCUUUCUGGGGUUCCUUUCAUGCGUUAUUCAGGGCUCUUUCACGUCAGUAUCCGCAACAUGUGCCACUUUCCUUACAGUAUGGCUGAUUAUAUCACGCAGUAUGGUCGGUCCCGAGUUCAUCGCCAUGACAGCUGGCGAGUCCGAGAAUCCUCGUAGACUGAUGCAUCGGGCCUUCUCCUCUUUCGUUUGGCGUCUCUUGCUUUUCUUCCUUGGCGGCGCUCUCUGCGUCGGUAUUGUCAUUCCCUAUAACGACGAACUCUUGCACAAAUACAUCGAUGGGACCGAGGGUGGCACUGGAGCUGCCUCUCCCUACGUCAUUUCAAUGGUGAAAUUCGGAAUUAAAGGUCUUCCCUCCUUGGUCAACGCGUUGAUCAUGACGUCCGUUCUUUCUUGCGGGAACAACGUUGUCUACUCGUCUAUUCGUACACUUCAUGGCCUGGCUGCGGAUGGCAAGGCGCCCGCGAUCUUUGCGAAGUGUAACAAAUUCGGUGUUCCGGUCUACUCAGUCAUCGCGGCGUUGGCGUUCUGCCUCCUUUCCUUGCUGCAACUUGGGAAUACAUCUGCCACUAUUCUCAACUGGUUGGUCGGAAUCUGCACUGCAUCUUAUAUGAUCAACUACUUCGCCACGGUCGUGACAUACCUGCAUUUUUACGCUGCGCUCAAGCGCCAGGGCAUCGACAGAAAGACUCUUCCAUAUCGUGGAUACUUCCAGCCCUAUGCAGCGUACUACGCUGCGGUGAUGACACUUGUUGUGGCCUUGAUUCUCGGGUACACUGUGUUUAUUGAUGGCCAUUGGGACGUCACAACGUUCUGCACCUCUUACCUUAUGAUCGGGUUUUUCAUCGUGGCCUGUGUGUUUUGGAAGCUUUUCAAGCGGACACACUAUGUCCGACCGGGAGAGGCUGAUCUUCAGCUUGGAGGGACCAAGGCCCAGAUUGACCUUUACGAGGCGUUGUAUGAGGCGCCGAAGAGAGGCAAGAUUUCGGGUUGGUUCAAUAGCUGGUUCGAGUAG